AUGCCACCACGCCGCAAUGUACCCUCAAGGCAGCACAGCACUCGUGCAAGCGUGUCGACUCAAGGUACAGAUAAUACAGGUGACCCCAUGGAUAUCUCAGCCCCGGCCUCAGAAAGGCAAUACCCAGGAAAGAGAGGAGCGACCACACCCUCUAGGGAUAUGCCACCUCCCAAGAGAACGAAAGCAACUGAGGAAAAAGAACCCAACUAUGAUGAUUGGAACUCCAAGGAGCCCGACCUCGACGAUGAAGACUGGGAUGCUCAAAUCAAAAGAUGCAAGGAGAGAAUUGAGGAAGGUCUCAUGACCCAUGCCUAUGAAGCCAAGCUCAAAGGGUUCGAGGAAGCUAAGGCUCGUGAAGCCGCACUGAUCAAAUCAGUGGUGGGAGAUAGCAAUGAGCUAUACAGCAUGGCUGUUAUCAAAAGACUGGCCACUCUCAUGGAAAUACAAGAGGAUCUUGAGAGCAAGGAUGACAAGACCAAGACCAAGACAGAUCAGCUUCCUAAUGUGAAGGCCUUGGUGAAAGCCUAUAGGAGUCAUGAAUUGGAAUGGCAUGAGGGACUGAUUACUUAUUGGUCUCACGGGAAGAAACUAUGCGAGCCAAGGCCAUUUGAUUGGGAUGAGUUUGAGGCGGUAAAUGACAAAUACGAAGGCCACAAGGGCUUCUGGGUAGAAGGCUCAGACGUUGAAGCUGCUGGUACUACGGAGGCCAAUGCAAUAAUUUCAUUCACACCUCGAAACCCUGGACAGCUUUAUUAUUACAACGUUGCCUGCCGCUUUCCCAAUUUCGCCUGGUGGCAUGAGCUAGAGUUCAUGUGGGACACCGGUUCCUCGCUGAUGACCAUGUAUGAAGGCGAUAUUCGAUCGCUUAUGGGCCCACAGAUUGCUCCACAGGGCUUUAUUCCCGGAAUACAUCCAUACCAUGGUCCUCGAGUGCUUGGUGUCAUCCAGACCGCGGCUUACGGCGGUGCUACAAUUAGCUUCGAGAUGGUUCAGAUUGAGGUUUGCUUGUUGGACGACCACCGAAAGAGAAUGACACCAUGGAUCAGGAGAUCAGUGGGUAUGAUGAUGGGCUUACCUCCAGUCCCCGGCACUGGCGGAUCGCCCAGGCUUGACGACAAUUGGCUUCGGCAUUGCGUGUACGUAGGCAGUGCACCAGAGGUCUCUCAGGCACUGAGAUUUGCUACCAGUCCCGGUGCGCUACAUCUUCCAAACAGGGGAACUUGUAUGGCUAAUCCACCACCCGUGCCGAACUGGAUGCCGCCACACCCACCGCUAUGGCGGACUCAUAUCCCUCCGCUCACGGCGCCGACUCCGAUGCCGCCAGGGCCUACGUGGCUCGGACAGCCACCGAAUAUGCCACGGGCAGCACCCGGUGUCCCGUGA